ACAAGAUUAUACCACCAAGUUACCAACCAACGAAAGCAGAUCUCAAGUCUUUGUUAAUGGCGUAAACGCGUAGUAGCCCUAACAAAUAAAUAAAAUUCAAAUUUAAUUUCUGCAAAUUUUUCUUCGAAACAUCGAAUUCUUAGUUUCUGAUUAAUGGAGGAAGCUAACAAGAAUUCAUCAAUGGCGGAUGAGGAGAGAGAAAUUGAAACGAAAACUGCACCAGAAACCAAGAAAGACGACAACAAUGGAGGAGGUGGAGGAGGAUGGGGAGGAUGGGGGUUUUCUCCAUUGUCGUACCUCUCAGAUCUUCAAAAAGCUGCUGCGUUUGCCGCUGAUGAGAUCUCUCGCAGUGCUGCUGCUGCUGCUGAGAGCUUCAAUAACAUACAAGAGGAUGCUGAAGAGGAGCCUUCUAAAGGGGCAAAUGAUGCUGAAGAUUCUGUCAAAGAAGGGGAAGAUGGACAUGAGAAGGAAAAGCUGAUGUCUGCUCUGGAUAAGUUGGAGAAUGCUAGUGAAGAUACAUUUCUUAGCCAGGGUUUGAAAGUGAUAGAUGAUUCAGUGGAAAAUUUUGCUUCAGGAGCUUGGAAGGCAUUAGGAAAUGCAUUCAAGGGCGGUUCAACCCUUAUCCAAAAGCUUGAGCAUUCUGCUGUUGGCAUAGCUGAUUCAAAUUCUAUCGCUCCAUCUCUUCUAGAGACUGGUAAAGCUAUCACUUUCAAGGGAAUGCAAGCUCUUGAGAAUGUAGGGAAGGAGACUAUGGAUUUGUUGAUCUCCGAGACUGGUAUUGAAGUUGAAAAGAAGUCUGAUGAAAGUUAUGACAACCAGCUGUAUGAGGAAAUGACAUUUGAUCGAUGUUUCUACAUAUAUGGAGGUCCUGAGCACUUGGAGGAAUUAGAGGCGCUGUCUAGCCAUUAUGCCUUACUUUUUAACAGAAGAAAAGCUAAGUUGUCAUCAGAGGAUAAAUCAAAUUAUGAGGGAAAGGUGAAACAGGUUCAGCAAAUUCUUAAUUUGAGUACAGAAACUGAGACACCUAUUGUGCAAUCAGACAAAGGAAAGAAAAUAGAAGUUGGGACUGAAGGAAGUGACAUUGAACUCAAGGGCUUGCAUGAUUCAAGUCUCAGUAAGGCUGCUGACAUGGCUGCAGGGUUUACUAGUGCCCUAGCUGGGCAAUCUCCGAGUGACAUUAGCCAAAGAACUGUUGGCAGACUGGAAUCCUUGCACUCUGAAGGGGUUCACAGACUGUCAGAGAUUUGUUGUUUUGCUGUGUCUCAAUUGUUGAUGUUGGGGAAGUCCAUGAUAUCUAACGUAAGCAAGAAUCAGGAGGAAAAGGCUGAUCAGAAUAUGAUCAGAAUCGAGUGGCCAGAGGAUUCCCUUGAAAAGGCUAUAGUUAUUAGAUCCAAGGCUCAAGCAAUGAAGGAGAGCUUGGAAGCUAUUUCUAACAGCUUCAUUACUGGUAUAUCUGAUGUGACCGAAGCUUACCUGGCUGCCAUGAAAGUUGUUACGACAACUGAUUCUCAUGAAGCUCCUCCAGACAAGUCAAUUCAAGAUAAAGCCAAUUCAUUUUCAGAACAUCUCCGUGCAGAUCAGACUAUUGCUGUGGAUAAAAUUCAGGACGGCCUUCAAUACUUGUGCUUUGUCAUUGUGUCAACUUCCAUGCCUCCUGCUCCCUGAAGAAGCAGAACUUCAUCUGUAAAUAGUCACGUAACAAGAAUUCUCUUCUCUAUUUUCCUCUAAUUCAUUCCAUUAAGGAGAAAGUACCAUGUCUAAAUCAUCGAGACAUCUUGUGCUAGUUUUUGAUUGCACUCGAACUAGGAUCAGUUGCAUAGAAAUAUAGAAAACGAGAAUUAGAGAUUUCGUUAGAUGUUACUAUAUUUGUAAUGUUAUUAGGGUAUCCAUGUUUAUUUGAAUUUCCAAAAUGGGAUGAAACCUUGGUCAAGAAUAGUUGUGAACUCUGUGAUCGCCCUCAUGCCUUCGUAUCCCGUAAUUAGAAUUUUGUUGGAGAGCUAA